AUCUCAUGGCCCUUUUUUUUUUAUGCAGACAGAUUGAUUGUAGUUGUAGACAGUCUUGCGAAGGAAUUUCUCUCUCAGCUGCUUCAGGACUUGCAAAAUGUCUACUGGCCUUGGACUUGAGUCUCUUGUAGAUCAAACAAUUUCAGUUAUAACCAAUGAUGGCCGCAACAUAGUGGGAAUCUUGAAAGGCUUUGACCAGGCCACAAAUAUCAUCCUCGAUGAAUCUCAUGAACGUGUUUACUCUACUAAGGAGGGCGUUCAACAACUUGUUCUGGGUUUGUACAUAAUAAGGGGUGACAACAUAAGCAUUGUUGGGGAACUGGAUGAAGAGCUUGAUUCACAUAUUGACUUAUCAAACCUAAGAGCUCAUCCUCUCAAGCCAGUCAUCCAUUGAUCACUAUGAAUAUGUGGGUUGUUGUUGUAGUGCAGAUUAUGGGCUAAAUGCAAAAUGUUACAUUGGUUUAAGUCUCAAUGGUUGUAGACCGAGACCUAAUUUAAUCGAAAUUCUGCUGGUCUUAUUUUCUCUUUUAACUUUGUUGGCAUCAUUGUGCUUUGUAUACUUUUUAAAUAUUGGUGUUAGUUGUCUUUCCAAUUUUAAUA